AUGUGGAAACUACCGUUUGUUGUUGUCCUGUGCGCUUUUUUGAAUAUAUCCGACGUAAAAGCAGAGGACCCUGCAAGGACGACCGAAAUCGACCGAUACGGCGAGAUAUAUGGAUGCAAUUGCCGUUGUGGGGAGCGCAAUGAGGCAUCGCGAAUCGUCGGCGGGGUUGAGACGAAUGUCAACGAAUUCCCGUGGGUGGCUCGCCUCACCUACUUCAACAAGUUCUAUUGUGGCGGCAUGCUGAUAAAUGACAGAUAUGUCCUAACCGCGGCACAUUGCGUUAAAGGCUUGAUGUGGUUCAUGAUCAAAGUGACACUGGGCGAGCAUAACCGUUGCAACAGAACGCAUCGUCCCGAGACCAGGUUUGUGGUGGAGGUUGUCUCCCACAACUUCACGUACGUCACGUUCAGAGACGACAUCGCCCUUCUAAGGCAAUCUGACAAGGUCACGAUCACGGACACGAUCAAGCCGGUCUGCUUGCCUCACAAUGACGAUAAUACGUACGAAGGCGUAAAGGCUAUUGCAGUGGGCUGGGGUUCCAUAGGCGAACAGAAAAACCACUCCUGCUACCUUCUCGACGUCGAAUUGCCGAUACUUAGUAACGAGGAUUGCAAAAACACCAAAUAUGAGACGGCCAUGAUUGCAGACAGCAUGCUUUGCGCCGGAUAUCCGGAAACAGGGAGCAAGGAUACCUGUCAGGGCGACAGUGGUGGACCUUUAACGGCUGAGAGGGGUGAUAAGCGAUACGAAUUACUAGGUGUCGUGUCUUGGGGCAUCGGGUGCGGUCGUGCUGGGUAUCCCGGCGUGUAUACUCGAGUAACAAAGUAUUUAUACUGGAUCAAGCACAACGCACGUCGAGGCUGCUUUUGCACUGAU